CUAUAUUGGGUAUGCAUCAUGCUAGUAUAGUGCCAACAGUGCAACGUAUUGGAUUGGCUGUACCGCUGCGAAACGCUGAACUCGUUUUCCUUUACUAGGGAUUAUCCAUGCAUACCCACUACUUCCCCGAGCCCUGCCAAGAUGAGCAUUCACUUCGUAUGUUCCUUCGUAUGUACCGCGCGCGAAAAACGUCCUUCUUGAACCCCCGUCAAUACCGCAUGUUGGCUAGUGCUGAGCCUCUGUGGCUUGUAUGUUGGGUUUUUAGUGCCGUGUCCAAAGAGUCCUUCUCGCUUGGCGUCGUCCCUCUCCCUGCGUUUCAGGAGUUUAGAAAUUGCCGAAUUUCCAGGUCCAAUUCUCCGCCCUCUCGCAUAUCGCAUAAUGGGAAAUCCUCCCUCAUCGCGAUUGCGGAUGCGGUAUACCGCGAACAUCCCCCCUACUAGUCUACCAAUCUAGUGGUAAAUAUACGUCUUGUUGAUCAUCACGAUCGAGGGGGUUUUUUUUUUCUUCCGAGUCGCCUUCCAAAAGGUCAACCGGUCCCAGCACAAUCGCAAAAAAAAAGGAUAGAUGACGGAGAACGGGUUCUGAAGGCCCUAGAGAUGACCUCGUGGUCCAUGUGAACCAAGGUAACGUUGAACAAGUCUGAAUGCAGUAUAUCUCGCGUUGCGCAGGAUGAAUGAAGCUCGGUGCUAGGUAGGGGUAGGACGCCGAGGGCUCCGGGGCCGUGGACCCCGAUAGUCCGCGUUUACCUGCAUGCCAUGGAAAGUUUGUUGUCCCGAAUCGAAACAGCGCUCCGAGUCGAACUCGAAUGUUUUGAUUAGUAUAGUAAGGUCCAACUUUGCGCCUAGUGUUGUUUUUGCCAUCUCAUUGCGUGCCCGAAAAUAAUCAUUCGUAGGAUGUUGUCUGCUUUUUUGUCCUAUAGUCCGUCCGGAUCUAGUAGUAGUUUGGUAGUU